AUGCCUCCGGUUCCUCGUGACUUGACAGCAUGGAAAGCCCAGGUCAUUCAGCAGGGCAUCGGCAACAAGACACUCGGCGAAAUUCAGCCUACAUCAGGCUUCAAGAUACCCCACAGCGCGUUUCUCCAACUGCGUGCUGUUUGGCUGCCCGACAAGCUCGCCUCGGAAGCGACCAAGAACCUCUAUGAGACCGGCCUCAUCGGAGACUUCACGGAAUUGAUCAAUAAAGUUGUAACACACGGGUUCAGUCAAGCGGACACGUUUCAUAACUUUCUCGACGACAUCUGUGGCUCGAGCAACAUAACCCCAGCCCCGCAAUCCGAUGAAUCCCUUGUGAAUGCCCCUGCGAUCGAGCCGAAGUUCAGUAGCUUCGUCGUACCCUUGGGUCAGUGGAAGCUGCUUAAGCCUACUGCGCCGGAACGGGUGGUGCCAGGCACGCCGCCUCAUAAUGCCAUCAAAAACAAAGGCGCCCUGCCGCUCGACUAUGAUAAACCUCCACUCUCGCCUUCAUUCUCUAGAGAGCUGGACUUAGGUAUUGUAGACAUCACCAGCUUACUCAUGUCACAGCAACUCGAAACGCCCUCAAAGGUCCGCGUCAAGGAGAGCCCCGCAACGCCGCUUGAAGAAUCACAAGCAGACUGUGCGAGCGCCUCCCCGACCCGUUCGCCCCCUGAAUCCCCGGCCUUUUCUUCUGGCGGGGAGAGUGAGGCUGAGCCCAUUGCGCAGGUGGCCGGUCGUCCGGAAUCAUCGUCAACAAUAUCUCUUCGGAAACCCCGCACAAAGUACGAAGUACAAACGUCCAACUUCUUCUCCAGCUUCUUCUACGCCUUCUUUCCACACUAUCUUACCUUUGUGUGGACUCGGUACCUGGAAGUCGUCACCGAGGAAGCCAGUUAUCGCUUUGGCGGCAAACGCCCGGUUUCAUCUGGCACCGCUCCAUCUCCUCCCCCAAUUUUUAUCGCCCGCACCGACGGGGCCUUCUACGAAGUCGGCGAUGACGGUUUUCGGAACAAAAGGGGCUUCCUGCCCUUUGAGUUAAAGCCAUAUUGUCGGGCUGAAAAGUUGGCCGCCACAUGCCGAGAGGAGACGGCUGAGAUGGCUGCCAUCAUCUACGAGGAGUUUGUAAUGGACAACCAGCAGUGA